AUGUUUGGGUUUCUGCCUUACCUCCAAGUCGCCGAGGGAAGGGAGAGGGUUUCCGGGCCAGGUCGCCGUCGGCGAGGAAGCGGGAAGGUGGAGGCGGGGAAGUGGGGCCAUCGGCGGGUUUCAGGGUUUCAGUCACGCGUUGCGGCGUCGGCACUCGGCGAGGGAAGGGAGACUGGGAGGGUGAGGGAUUCAGGGUCGGCGGCGGCGGCAGAAGGAGCAGCGUCCGGCGAAGAGGAGAAGAGGAGAGGUGGAUGCGGCGCUGCGCGGGGCUGCUCUCUCUGA